AAUAAAGUAAACAACCAGCAUAUAUGGCUACAUCUCACUUUUGGGGCAUGCUUGCCUUUGAGGAUGAACAAGAAGAGAAGGAAUCAAGGACUUAUUCCUUCUCUUCUUCAUCUCCUCUCUCAUCUCUUUCUCCUUACUUUGCUAAUCUUGACCAUGUCCUCAUGGACUCUCCUCCCCCUCUUUUUAUCCAACAAGAAAUCAAGGAGGAUGACAUGUACCAAAAUAUUCAAAGAGACUUGCAGUCUUUCCAACAGUACCCCAUGGAACAAGCUUCCCAAGAAAACCAGUUAUUGAAGAGCUAUCAAGAACCAGAAGAAUUGAAUGAUAUUAUAGAAGCAUCUCAUGCUGAUCAACAGAUGGGAGCCAUUGAUGGAUAUAAGUGGAGAAAGUAUGGGCAGAAGGCAGUGAAGGGAAGUGAAAACCCAAGGAGUUAUUACAAAUGCACACAUCCAAACUGUCCCACAAAGAAAAAGGUGGAGAGAUCCUCAGCUGGGCAUGUCACUGAGAUUGUCUACAGUGGAGUUCACAACCACCCAAAGCCUUCUCAAUCCACUAGAGGGUUUAUGGAUUCAAUUGGCAACCCUGAAGCCUCUUCAGCUUCUUUUGCUGAUGAUGAUUUUGAUGAAAAUGAGCCUGAUGCCAAGAGAUGGAAGAAUGAAGUUCAGAAUGGAGAGGUAUCAGGAAACAAGAUGGUGAAGGAGCCUAGAGUGGUGGUUCAGACAACAAGCAGUGUUGAUCUCCUUGACGACGGUUAUCGGUGGAGAAAGUAUGGGCAGAAGGCAGUGAAAGGGAAUUCCAAUCCAAGGAGUUACUACAAAUGCACUAGUGAUGGUUGUUCAGUGAGGAAGCAUGUGGAGAGGGCCUCUGAUGAUAUAAAGUCAGUGAUUACUACCUAUGAAGGCAAGCACAACCAUGAUGUUCCUCUUGCUCGUGGCUGUGGAGGCCAUUCAUUGAACAACAAUAACAACAACAACAACAACAACAACAAGGACAUGAGCAACAUUAAUAACAACAUAAAUAACAUUUCUAUGGCUUUUAAACCUUCAAACCAGAGCCAGCAAGGACCCUCUUGGUAUGAGAGUUCAAUGGCUUUUUACAUGAACCAACAGCAACAACUAACAACACAAACUGGGAGUGGUUCCAAUUCCAACGCAAAGGAAGAGCCAAUUGAGGAGGAUGCCUUAAUUUCUUAUGUUCCAUUCAUUGGUUAAAUUUUGCGUCAACUACAUCUGUAUUAAUUUAAUUAAUUAAAUUUGUUCAGUUGUUUGAGUCUCAUUUGAAC